AUGAACAAGGCUAGAGAAUGGCUUGGAAAAUGCAAACAUUCGCAUAAUAGAUGCUCAGAGGAUGUUGAGAGAUCAUUACCUACUCGUUUACUUCAUUUCAAGGAGGGCGUCUUGAAACUUGUUUCCACAACGAAGCUGGACACCAAGACCCCGUAUGCAGCAUUGAGUCACUGCUGGGGCAAGAUCAAAAUCCUUAGACUGCUGAAAGAGAACUUCGAGACCUUUCAUACCAGCGUCCCAAUUUCCGAACUCAGUCGAACAUUUCAAGACUCCCUGAAAGUCCUCACCGAGCUCGGGUUGGAGUAUAUCUGGAUAGACAGCCUCUGCAUAAUCCAGGACGACGCCCAAGAUUGGGAGCGAGAAGCAGUCAAAAUGUCUGCAGUCUACGGCUGUUCCGAAAUCACCCUCGCAGCAUCCAGUUCCGAAGACGGCAGUCAGGGCUUAUUCUACGACCGUCAACUUCCUGCUCCGCGUCUCUGUCAACUAUAUAUCGGUAACUCGACAACAUUCGACGUAAUCCCCUUCCAGCACUGGAGCGUAGCUCUCUCCCGUCUCGUCCUCUCAACUCGCGCUUGGGCAUACCAAGAACGCCGCCUCUCUCCCCGCGUCCUGUUCUUCACUAGCACGCACCUCGCAUGGCAAUGCCAAACCUGGGGCGCAGAAGAAUGGAAGACCGAAGGCGUGGAUAAAGUCUCUUCAUUCUUCAACAUCCAAUCUUCUCCCCACGCAGACACAUUCUGGGAUGAAACGAUCAAGGAAUACGCACCUUGCAAACUGACUUUCUGGAGCGAUAAACUGAUCGCGAUCUCGGGAGUAGCGAAGAGGAGGCAGAUCACUGUCGGUGGGGAGUACGUGGCGGGUUUGUGGAGGGAGGGGAUCGAGAGGCAGCUUUGCUGGAUUACGGUUUCGAGGGGUAGGAAG